AUCUCGUGAGCAUACAAAACGAAGAAGAAAUCAUGUACAAAUCGGAGGUUCACCGACUCUGUCUCCGGAAUCAAUGGGAUCAACCUGUGUAUUCCACCGUCAAGGAGGGCCCCGAUCACGGAUCUAGAUACAAUGCUACGGUAACUGUGAAUGGUACCACCUUCCAUUCAGCCGAACAGAGUUCUUCUACCAAGGAAGCGCAUAACAAAGCGGCUAAAGCUGCUUAUGAUCAUCUAUCAGCUCCGCAGAUCAUCAAUCCGAAUCCUCCUCCGCCGACGCAGCAGUCUGGAGAAGUUGUUCCGAACUUGGCCCAUUUAUCCUCCGAUGGGCAGCAUGUGCACAAAACUCUUUUGAGAGAUUAUGCAAACAGAAAGAGGCUUGCAAAUCCUUUAUAUUCCAGUGAACGCAUACCAGGAGGAUCUAAACGCUUCAAAUCGAAAGUAACAGUUGGAGGGCAGACUUACGAGAAUCAAAACUAUUACCUCACAGAAAAAGAGGCUGAAAUUGCUGUUGCCACAGUUGCUUGUGAGAAGCUUAUGAAAGCUGAAGAAAUUCAGAAGGCAAAAAAUGCAAUGUACAAAAGUCUUCUACUUGAAUUGACUAGAAAAAGUGGUGUACUUCCAAAGUUUGUGACCAAGAUUCACAUGAAGUUAUAUACAUCCUCCGUAGAGAUCGGAGACAAGACUUUUGAAGGUCAACCAGCCCCAACUAAAAAGUUGGCAGAGAGUAGUGCAGCCAAGGUUGCAUAUACUGCUAUGCAACAAGUCAAGAACACAGGUGACUUAGCUGACCAGAACACAACAAAGGGAUCUAGUCCUGGCCCAAUUUUGGACAAACAGCAAUUAACCAAAGCUGACCAGAACACAACAAAGGGUUCUAGUCUUGGCCCAAUUUUGGACAAACAGCAAUUAACCAAAAGUAUCCCAUCAUCUUCAAACUCUGCUGACCAGAACACAACAAAGGGAUCUAGUCCUGGCCCAAUUUUGAACAAACAGCAAUUAACCAAAAGUAUCCCAUCAUCUUCCAACUCUGUUGACCUGCCUGACAAAAAGACUGAUGUGGUAUCUCCUCAACUCACCACAGGGGUGGAACGUGGGCAAAUGAGGAAGUCAGUCCAAGAACUUUCCGAUGAAAACUGGAAUUCAAUGCUUAAACGUACUGGAAUUAAUAUUCAGGAGGCUCUAGAUGAAUCCCUUUUUGUAUUGAAAUGUGCUCUCGCUGGAAAUUUUCAUCUGAUUGAUGGCAGUUCUGCUGUUGCUGAAGAGAAAGACGUGGCUAUGGAUGUGGAUGGAUCCAACGGUAAUAUUUCCGCUGUCUCUGGAGAACUUGUUUCGAUUAAUUACAAGGCUGCUGUUGCCGAAGAGAAAGAUGUGACUAUGAAUUUGGAUGGAUCCAAAGAGAAAGAUGUGGCUAUGAAUUUGGAUGGAUCCAAAGGUAAUAUUUCUUCCAUGGCUGGAGAAGUUGUUGCGAAUUACAAGUCUGCGGUUGCUGAAGAGAAAGAUGUGGCUAUGGAUAUAGUUGGAUCCAAAGACAAAGAAGCAACAUUGGAGUGUGAGACUAAUUUGAAGGGUCAAGAUUUAUCUCAAUUGUCGAUGGAACUUGGCGGCUGUUCGAUGAAGAAAAGAGAUUUGCUUGAAACGCCAGAUCUAGAUUCAGUUGCCCAAGUAAAGAGGGCGAAGCUAUCUCAUCCUGAGAAUGUAGAAGUUGGAGAUCAAUUGGAGUCAUCAAGCAAAGAUGAUGCUGGAAAGUCCAAUUCUUCAAUUUCUUCAACGUUGGCUUUGAAUAAGCCCAUUGUGGAUCCGUUUAUUGUGCUAAAAAGCAAAGCAUCAGGUGAGACAAUUUCGCUAUCUUAUGACAAUAUAGCCAUCUAUCCUCGAGUCCCGAACUUGGAAUUUCCAGACGAUGGUUCCAUAACCGUAUUGCCAUUUCAUAACGACAUGUGGGUGAUGGCAGGAGUGAAUGAGAAGAAAUAAUCAGGUUAUUUACAACUAAUUCUUCUUACAUGAACAUUGACUAUCUCUUUACUGAUGAAUUAAUUAUAGACAGGUUUCUUUAAUUUAGUCUCAAAUCAUUGUAUGUGAACUCUUGUUGUUGAAUUGUUAAACUUCUGUACCCAAUUUUCAAAUUCUGUACUUUUCUUCA